UGUAGCUUUAAUACGUACAUGUACAUCUAGUUCUUAGACUGUACAUGUUCAUGACUAGUUCUGCUCUUUGCGUUUCAUCGGUUCUCGUAUGGACAUUACUUUGUUUCGUGGCAUGUGAUUAUGGUGAUGUUCCAACUGGUUGUCUUGCACUGCUGUACCUGACCUGUGAUGUGCAAUGUCAAAUAGCAGCCACAGUUCCGAUUCGCAGAGGUCCGGGGUGGCAACCACUCACGUCAGCUUUGUAUGUCAGCGAUGCAGCCAGCCACUGAAGCUGGAUCCAUCGUUCAGCUCUCUGGACAGCCAGACGUACAUUGACUUAACAGCACCAUUACUGACAGCAGGGUCAGGCAAGGCAACCCCACUUCUGCAGAGUACUGAUAGCACAGAGCCCUUUGAGCUGGAGAAAAAUGAUGGAGUGUCAAGGAAACGAAUACAGCCUGUCAGGUACCCCUCCCAGGAUAGCGGGCAGGAGUUUACAUUGCUUGGUGAAGCAGCAAGCAGUCGGAUGGAGAAUGUCAGCCACAGAAUUAAGGUUGCCAGCCAACUGUUUGACAUCAUGUCAGGCCACUCGGAUAUUGACCACCCACUGUGUGAGGAGUGCACAGAUUCCCUCCUGGAUCAGCUAGACCAACAGCUGAAGAUCACUGAGGAUGAGUGCAAACACUACCGCGAGUCCCUGGAGAAACUGACAGACGGAGAGGACAAUGAGGAUGAAGCAACAUUAGAAGCUGAGAUUGAAAUGUUGAAAGCCAACGAGACAGAGCUCAUCAAGCAACUGGAAGAGACGGAGUCGGAACGACACAAAAUUGCUCAGGAGAUGCAACAGCAGAAGAAAGAGUUGGAGCAACUUGAAGCCGAGGAAGAAAGGUACUGGAAGGAAUACAACCAAUAUAAGCAGCAGCUUGUUUCCAUGAAGGAUGAACAACGAAGCAUCGACAACCAGCUGAGAUACACUCAAACCCAGCUAGACCAACUCAGCAAGACAAAUGUCUUCAACGCAACAUUCCACAUAUGGCACAACGGUCAUUUUGGAACUAUCAACAACUUCCGUCUGGGCCGCCUGCCCAGUGUUCCAGUCGACUGGAGCGAGAUCAAUGCCGCCUGGGGCCAAACGGUCCUGCUGCUUCACUCCCUGGCCCAGAAGAUGAACUUCAAAUUUAAGAGAUACCGACUGGUUCCCUGCGGCAACCAUUCCUACUUGGAAUCUCUACAGGACAAGUCUAAACAGCUUCCUCUCCACGGAUCGGGCGGAUUCAGGUUUUUCUGGGACACAAAGUUUGACCAAGCCAUGGUCGCCUUCUUGGACUGUCUCCAGCAACUAGAAGAGGAGGUAGAAAGGGGAGACACCAGCUUCUGCCUUCCGUACAAGAUGUCCGGUGGCAAAAUAGAGGACAAGAGUAACGGUGCUACGUACUCGAUCAAGAUCCAGUUUAAUUCAGAGGAGCAAUGGACUAAAGCACUCAAGUUCAUGCUCACCAACCUGAAGUGGGCGCUAGCCUGGGUUUCCUCUCAGUUCACUAAGUGAACCACACAUUGCCAGCUCUGGAUGGGCUCCGAAGGCUGUUAUCUUGAUGUAAUGUGCAUAUAUUUAGGCCAGAUGCAGCGUUGAAGAACAAGCUUCUAUUUCUUUGCAGCCAAGUAUGUUCCAGGAAGUGAAACUUAGAAGGUUGGAACAAUUUGAUAACCAGUUCUAAAUAUUGGAAGCUCAAACAUGUACUGGAAUGGAAAAGUACCUGCUCUUGAGCAAAUCACUGGCUCCUUAUUCACAAUUAUUCAUGUGAUUACCUGUAAUGGCAAGAGGAGGAAGUGAAAAUCUAAAACAUUCUGCAUCAACAUGAGGAAUAACAGACAUUUGUAAUACAGUAGAUUUUAUUUCAUGAAAUAGUAGGAAACGUAUAUAUGGAGAAUGGUAAUUGGAAUGUGUAGAAAAUCCCCCCUGAUGACAUUUCUGAGCUCAGUAUUGGUUGAAUCCCCUAGGUUUUAUUGACUUUAUUUCUCUAAGAAUCAUUUGUAAAAAGUGUGGAGUCAGUGAAAUCAUUGAUUGCAUAGCAGUAUCUAUUCAGUAGAAAGCCAUGAAACUGUUUGGUAUAGAACCAUUAUACUGUGAUAUAAAUUACAGAGGGAAAAAACCCCAAAGUGC